AUGAGAGCGUCACGAAACCUCGAGUGUCACACCACACCACUCAGCUCCGCACCGCAUCACUACCACACCACUCAGCGCCGCACCGCAUCACUCACCACACCAUUCAGCGCCGCACCGCAUCACUCACCACACCAUUCAGCGCCGCACCGCAUCACUCACCACACCACACUCAUCACUCACCACAUCACUCACCACACCACUGAGCGCCGCACCGCAUCACUCACCACACCACACUGCGCCGCACCGCAUCACUCACUAUACCACACUGCGCCGCACCUCAUCACUCACCACACCACUCACCACACCACUCAGCACCGCACCGCAUCACUCACCACACCACUGAGCGCUGCACCGCAUCACUCACCACACCACUCAGCACCGCACCGCAUCACUCACCACACCACUGAGCGCCGCACCGCAUCACUCACCACACCACUCAGCGCUGCACCGCAUCACUCACCACACCACUCAGCACCGCACCGCAUCACUCACCACACCACUCAGCGCCACACCGCAUCACUCACCACAUCACUCACCACACGACUGAGCGCCGCACCGCAUCACUCACCACACCACUGA